CCUUCUCCCUCGCCCUGGUUCUUGUUGCUCUGCGGGGUCGCGCUCACUCGAUAUUCUUUCUUCCCCUCCGAUUCCGAAUAUCCCGCCACCAUGUCCUCCAAGUACGCUUUCACCAAGGGCCUGAAGGAGCUGCGCUUCCUUUUCUGCCAGUCUUCGCAGCAGAGCGCCGCCACGAGGUCGUUCCUCCAGCGCGCGUACCCCACCAUGAAGAAGCACAACCCUCACACUCCCAUCAUGAUGCGCGAGGCCGCGGGUACCCUGCCCCGGGUUUAUGCUAGAUACGCAUUGGGACAAGAGAAGCAGGAGGCCCUGUCUGGCCUGUCGGAUCAGCAAAUCGAAGAGAAAAUCACCAAGUUGGUGAAAGAAGCGUCUUCAUAGCGGAAUUUAUCGCGGCAUUCGUAUAUCUCUCUUAUUUACCUACUUUUCUCGCAUCGAUCGCUUUUUUCAGUCCAGUCCCAUUCGAAUUCGAAUCCGGUUCAGUUAUCUAGCACUGUAUCUAUAGAUGAAUUAAAAAAAUGAAAUCUUAUCAACU